AUGGCCCUGCUUCCGCGGCCACGGUUCGCGCCAGCCCUCUUGAUCCUCCUCCUGGCCGCCGCUCUCAGGUGCCAGGAGCAGGCCCAUACCACAGACUGGAGGGCCACCCUUAAGACCAUCCGGAAUGGUGUUCACAAGAUAGACACGUACCUGAACGCAGCUUUGGACCUCCUGGGAGGCGAGGACGGGCUCUGCCAAUAUAAAUGCAAUGACGGAUCUAAGCCUUACCCACGUUACGGAUAUAAACCAUCUCCACCGAAUGGAUGUGGCUCCCCGCUGUUUGGUGUUCACCUUAACAUUGGCAUCCCGUCCCUGACAAAGUGCUGCAACCAACAUGACAGGUGCUACGAGACCUGUGGCAAAAGCAAGAAUGACUGUGAUGAGGAGUUCCAGUAUUGCCUUUCCAAGAUCUGCAGAGAUGUGCAAAAAACACUAGGACUAGCUCAGCAUGUUCAGGCCUGUGAAACAACAGUGGAGCUCUUAUUUGACAGUGUUAUACAUUUAGGCUGUAAACCAUACCUGGACAGCCAAAGAGCCGCAUGCUGGUGUCGCUACAAAGAAAAAACCGACCUUUAA